UGAAUACAAGAUGAACUCAAAACCAAAGAGUUACAGCAUGCAUGAUAUGUUGAGGGAUAUAUGCAUCAGGAAAUCUGCUCAAGACAUGUUUCUAAACGGUCCCAACAAGUUCACAACCUCUAAUCCACGCCGCCUAAGUUUACACAACUCAGACGAAUUGGAAGAUGUUAAUGAUUCAACAGAGUCAAUGUCACUAACUCGAUCAGUUAUAUUCUUUGGUUUUUGGAAGGCAGAGUUUCCAUCUGGUGCAUUUUCGGCGGCAAGAUUGCUAAGGGUGUUGGACUUAAUGAAUAUGCAUUGCGAUAGUUUCCCAACUGAAAUAUUUGAACUUGUCAACCUACGCUUUUUACGUGUCUGGUUCCUUUCAAGAAUACCGUGAGGAAUAUCAAGAUUGUGGAAUUUGCAAACCUUGAUUGCUCCUAAUUCCAAGUUUGAUGAGCCAGUUGAGCUAUGGAAGCUCUCUGAGUUAAGAAAUGUCGAGGUGUGAGGAAUUGAGUUGUUAAAAGAUGCGGAAUGGAACUAUAGUGUCAUGAAGAAGCUGCAAAAGAUUUCAUUUGAUUUUUCUGAAGUGGAGGCAACAACUUGGGAUGGUUUCCUCAAAAGAAUUCCAAAUAUUAAAGAGUUGUCAGUUAUGGAAUACCUCAAAACUCCAUCAACGGCAAUAGAUCUUAGCCAACUUCACAAGCUCGAAAGUUUAAGAUGCAGAUUUAUCAGAAGUAUAUCCUCUCCAGACGGGUCCGGUCGUCGUUGCAGAGUUAUAUUUCCUUGUAAUAUUAGAAAAGUAGUUAUGGUUAGAUGUGAAAUGAUUUUGGGAGCGUGGAGGACUCGUGUGUACUACAUAAGAUGGAAGUGCUCAGGAUGAUUAACUGCCGAUUUAAAAGCGAGGAGGAGACAUGUGAUGAAGAGUGGGAGUUGGCAGAUGGAGAUGAGUUCCCCUCCCUGCAGAUUGAACAUUUCCCUAGACUCCGCCACCUCCGUUUAUUGUACUGCGGUGAUCUAAAGGAAAUCCCAAGCAACAUUGGAGAAAUCCCAACACUCCAAUUAAUCGAGGUACAAUAUUGCAGGGAAUCUGUAGUGGCCUCAGCAGAAAGGAUUGUGGAGGAGCAAUCUGAAAAUGGAAACAACCAUCUCAAACGACGCAUCGCCUCAGCAGAAAGGAUUGUGGAGGAGCACUCUGAAAAUGGAAACAACCAUCUCAAACGACGCAUCGUAAAAUAUGACUGAGCUGUGAUCGCACUUCCAAAAGAGCUUGUUGGUUUCUUCCUUGAUGCUCUCUCUCUACUCGGCAUACUUGAAGGUGAACGCCAUCAGUUUGUCUCUUAUAAAGAUUGAUCUCUCCUGGCUUGUUUCGAUUAAGUUUUGCAUCUAAACGACGAUCACUAUAUGUUAUUGAUGUUUGUUGUGAGUUUGUCGAGUUAGUCUGAGUCUCAUCUGAGUUUACUUGCCCACGGACUGGUGUCUCCUUCAUUGUAUCUUCAUAUUGGAUUGGUAUUUCGAACUCUAGAGAUUGGAAGCUCAAUCAACUCAUUCGAAAUUUGCCCCCUGGAUGGGGAAAAGCCAGUGGGAAAAACCAAUUGAAGAGGCUCCUGCUGCUGUCUUUGCAACCUCACCUCUUCUCGUUGAUUGUAUAGAGGCGUUUGACGAAACAACGGGAAGUUGCAAGUCAGUGAUACCUCUGUUUCACUUAAGUCAGAAGACCAAUGUGUCACAGUGGGAGCAUCCAGGAGCACAGCAGCAGGUGAUUCCACAGCGUUAUGAGACGAUGGUAUCCCAUAAUGCAAUGGGCGGAAAUUUGGAAGAUAAGGCAUCCCCUUUUCCUAGGUGCUUGGGAUGUGGUGGUUGGGGAGUGGGUCUGGUGCAUUCUUGGGGUUAUUGCAAUCACUGCACUCGACUACACAAUCUUCCACAAGGCCAAUACAUAUCAACAUCUGAGAGUCAUAACCAACCAAAUAGUGCUGGAAAUCAAGUGAACUGGGAGAAGAAGCCACCCCACCCCAGCAAAGGUCUGAUACGAAACCCCUGCCCUGGAAAAGCUAUAAGAAGUGUGCACACAAUGACGAAGAUGACCUGGACCCUAUGGAUCCAAGUUCGUAUUCAGAUGCUCCUUGCGGCUGUUGGUAUGUUACGUUUCUUAUAUCAAGUAGUGUAAAAUUACCAUAAUGUUUACUUUACCUUAUCGUGAUAAGAUAAGUAGCCUGAAAAUGGUUUCUCUAUGAAUAUUCUUAACGAAUUCAUGGUCACCGUUUCUCAAUGAAGAACAUAUCAGAGCACUAGCAUAUUACUUUUA